AUGGCAGAUUCUGUCGCCGAUUUCGAUGUCGCCGAACAUCUCGAUGAUGAUGAUGAAACAAAACGUAUCAAAUUUGAAUCUAGACGAAAUAAAAUAAUAAAACCUAGUGGCUUUGGUAAACCAAGUGUUUAUCAUGGACUUAUUGUCAUAUUUCUUGAAUUUUUCGCCUGGGGGCUUCUGACUAAUCCUAUCAUUUCAGUACUCAAUCAAACAUUCCCAUCUCAUACAUUUCUAAUGAAUGGUGUUAUUCAUGGAAUAAAAGGUCUAUUAACAUUUCUAAGUUCUCCACUACUGGGUGCCUAUUCCGAUAUAUGGGGUCGUAAAUUCUUUUUACUCCUUACAGUUUUUUUUACUUGUUGUCCAAUACCUUUAAUGAAAAUUAGUCCAAUGUGGUAUUUCGCAUUGUUAAGCAUCAGUGGUCUUUUUUCUGUAACAUUCAGUGUUGUUUAUGCGUAUGUAGCCGAUGUUACUGAUGAGAAUUCUCGAAGCACUGCUUAUGGCUUGGUAACAGCAACAUUUGCAGCAUCAUUAAUAACAAGUCCUGCUAUCGGUGCACAUUUGACAAGACUUUAUAGUGAAAAUUUUAUUAUUGCAUUGAGUUCAGCAGUUGCAAUAUUAGAUUUAUUAUUUAUCUUUUUUUUCGUACCCGAAUCAUUACCAGAACGAUUACGAACAAAUCAAAAAAUAUCAUGGAAUAAAGUUGAUCCAUUUGGUGCCCUUCGGAAUAUUACUCAUGAUCGCUUCAUCUAUCUUGUUUGUUUUAUUGUACUGUUAUCAUAUCUUCCUGAAGCUGGGCAGUAUUCGUGCUUUUUUGUUUAUCUACGAUUGAUGCUUGGAUUUUCAGAAGAUGAAGUAGCUUAUUUUAUUGCAUUUAUCGGAAUUCUUUCAUGUAUUGCACAAACUGCUCUUUUGGCAUGUUUACAAAAAUAUUUUGGUGCCAAAGAAACUAUUAUGGUUGGAUUAUUUUUUCAAAUUGUUCAAUUAGCAGCAUUUGGCAUUGCCACUUCAAAUUGGGUGAUGUGGUUUGCUGGCGGUCUAGCUGCUUUAUCAUCAGUAACAUAUCCGUCGAUCAGUGCAUUUGUUUCUGUCUAUGCUAAAGAAAAUCAACAAGGGCUCGUUCAAGGUAUGGUUAAUGGUGUACGUGGUUUAUGUAACGGCCUUGGUCCAGCUCUAUUUGGAUUUACUUUUUAUUUAUUCAAUGUUGAUUUGGGUUAUUCAUUGUUACCUUUACCAAAAACGAGUUCGAAUUCAACAGUAAUACAUAAUAAUGUAAAAUUGACCUAUUCAUCAAUGUUCAGCCGUGAUGUACCUGGUCCACCAUUUCUUUUUGGUGCUUUUCUUGCUACUAUUGCAUUAAUGUUUUCUCUUCUACUACCGAAUUCAAAAUUAGAUUCCAAUAGAAUGGGAAUCGACACGAGAACUAUUGAACAAGAAGCUCGUCUAUUGAAUCCUGGUGAAGAUACAAAAACCAAUAUUCAAACUCGUUGA